AUCCAAAACAAGACAAGCAAAAAGGCAGUUGCUAUACCUAGGAGAGAAAAAAACAAUCCACAAUGGGUUUGAAUUUGGAAAUGAAGGGACAACAGUGAGAUUAUAUUUUCCUUUCCAGACAGAGCACCACAGACAGAGGUUCAGAAGAACUGAUUCUGCUGGAGAUCCUUGACAGCAGAGGACGCGGUUCCUCCCCUGCAGUUGGCGUGCGUGGCCAGCUGGAUCAGCUUCCGCUGGAUAUUUGCUCUGAAGAGUCUGCAGUUUCGAGAUCUCGGGAGAUCUGACAUACGGCCAGCAGAAGGAACUUGGCUUUGUGACCAAUGAGGAUAUUCUCUCUGGUUUCUGCUAUCUGGAGGGACCUAAGGGCCAUUCUUUGAAAUACAAACUUCAAAAAAACGUUUUUCACCAGAAGGAAAAAAGAGAGGAAGAAAAGGUCUAUAAAAAUCAGGCCUAUAAUGUUCUCUCCACAAAACAAAAGCUGUAAGAUCUUUGUUUACAUCUACUUGCUCUCUUUAUCAGCAGUCAUCUGACUUCAGCAUGAUUACCUCUCAGUUACUGGUUUAUGUGGCAGUUUUGGUUCUCUGUGUCUUAAAAGUCAGCUCCCGGGAUACAUUUAUUGCAGCUGUUUAUGAGCAUGCAGUGAAAUUGCCUAAUGCCACCCUAGUACCAGUGUCCCAUGAAGAGGCAUUGGCAUUAAUGAACCAAAAUCUGGACCUGUUGGAGGCAGCAAUCACUUCAGCAGCAAACCAGGGUGCACAUAUUAUUGUGACUCCAGAAGAUGGUAUUUAUGGCUGGAACUUUAGCAGGGAAACUAUCUACCCAUACUUGGAGGAUAUCCCAGACCCUGGAGUGAACUGGAUCCCUUGUAAUAAUCCUAAAAGGUUUGGCUACACCCCAGUGCAAGAAAGACUCAGCUGCCUGGCCAAGGACAACUCUAUCUACAUUGUAGCUAAUAUUGGAGAUAAGAAGCCAUGCAAUGCCAGUGACUCUCAGUGUCCCCUCGAUGGUCGUUAUCAAUACAACACUGAUGUGGUGUUUGAUUCUCAGGGAAAACUGGUGGCACGCUACCAUAAGCACAACCUUUUCAUGGGUGAAAAUCAAUUCAAUGUACCCAAGAAACCUGAGAUUGUGACUUUUGACACCAUCUUUGGAAGAUUUGGCAUUUUCACAUGCUUUGAUAUACUCUUCUAUGAUCCUGCUGUUACUCUGGUGAAAGAUUUCCAUGUGGAUACCAUAGUCUUCCCGACAGCAUGGAUGAAUGUUUUGCCACAUUUAUCAGCUAUUCAAUUCCACUCAGCUUGGGCAAUGGGCAUGGGAGUCAACUUCCUUGCAUCCAAUAUACAUCACCCCUCAAAAAGAAUGACAGGAAGUGGCAUCUAUGCACCCGAUUCUCCAAGAGCAUUUCAUUAUGAUAUGAAGACAAAAGAGGGAAAACUUCUCCUCUCACAACUGGAUUCUUAUACACAUCACCCUAUUGUGGUGAAUUGGACUUCUUAUGCCAGUAGUAUAAAAGCAUUCCCAACAGAAAAUCAGGAAUUUACAGGUACUGCUUUUUUUGAUGAAUUCACCUUCUUGGAGCUCACAAGAGUCACAGGAAAUUACACAGUUUGUCAGAAAAAACUCUGCUGUCAUCUAAGCUACAAGAUGUCUGAAAAGAGAACAGAUGAAGUUUAUGCCCUAGGGGCGUUUGAUGGACUACAUGUUGUCGAAGGGAGGUAUUAUUUACAGAUUUGUACUCUGCUGAAAUGUAAAACAGCACAUGUACAUACUUGUGGCGGCGCAGUUGAAACUGCUUCUACCAGGUUUGAAAUGUUUUCCCUCAGUGGUACUUUUGGAACCCAGUAUGUUUUCCCUGAGGUGUUGCUAAGUGAAACUCAGCUUGCACCCGGAGAAUUUCAGGUGUCAAGUGAUGGACGGUUGUUUAGCAUGAAGCCACUAUCUGGACCCCUCUUGACCGUGACUCUGUUUGGGAGAAUAUAUGAGAAGGACCAGACAUUAAAGGCUUCAUCAGAUCCCAGGUCACAAGUACCAGGAGUAAUGCUCUUAGUCAUAAUACCAAUUGUGUGCUCAUUAAGUUGGUAGAAUAUUUUCAUUUGAUCUCUUUUAUUUUGUGUAAUUUAAAAAAUGAUGGAUGAGAAAAGAUUGAAGACCAUAACAGUGGUCAUGGUCUCUUGUACAAGCAAAUACAAGUAUAUUUACAUAUAUAGUUCACUGUUUUUUAGACACACACACACACACACCCCAGAUAAUAGAUGCCAGAUAAACUGUGACAUAAUUUUGAAAGUAAAAUCUGUAAAAUGAGAGUAACAGUUUUACCCAUAUUUUACAGGAUUUCUUGGGAUGAGAAUUAAAUAAUUGAAUACAUUUAAAGUCCUUAGGCAAGUUUCUGGGUCUGGUAUGUGUGCUAGCUAUUAUAACUGUGUGACUAUCACAAUAAAAGCAUGUGUGAUAUAUUUAUUGCUAAAGUUAUACUACUUCUGAUUGUCUAAAGUAUAAACAUUUUCUCAUGGCUUAGCCACCAUGCAUAUUUCAGUUAGAAAAUCAGUGAACUCAACCUUAGCUAAUUGGUUUUGGCUCUAUACCUAGCAAUAAUGUACUCUAGAAGGCAACUAGGCUUGCACCUAGGAAUCUAUUAGCGCGUCUUCACAUUUUUGCACAUUUUUCAGUGUCUCUGUAGUGUUUUGCCUAUUUUAUCAGCCUACAAGUAUAUUAAUAGGGUAGUUCUAAACCAAGCACUUACUGAAUUUGAUUUUGUGGAGCCUGUGAGCUAAGAAAGUUUCUAAGUGGUUGAAAACCAAAGAAGAGUAAAAUGAAGAAUAAUAUUUUGUGACACAUGAAAAUGAUCUGAAAUUCAAGUUUUAGUCUCCAUACCUAAAGCUUGAUUGAACACACCACAUUCUUUAAGUGUUGUUGAUGGCUGUUCCUAUGCUAUGGUGCUGAAGUUGGGUUGUUAUGACACAGACCCUAUGGCCAGAAAAGCUGCAAAUAUUUACUGCCUGGCCUUUAAUAGAAACAGUUUGUUGACUCCUGCUCUGAAGUGUUAAAUAACAAUGGAGUUUAGUACUGAAAACCUUUAAAACAUCUCAGUGGGCAAAUUGCCUUUAAGUGUCUUUCUUGUAAUUCUUUCAUAAAAGGAGAAAUAAGAUAGUUUUAUUUGCUUUGUAUGAUAUGCCAUCACAGAUACACAUACACACAAAAGAUUACCCUGAUUAACUUACAACCAAAUGUGCUAAGUAGAUUAAUGCCCCAAAUAAGUGAAGAUAAUUUUUGAACAUGAUUGAUAUUUAUUUACUAUAAGAUACACAAAAGUUUUUUUGCAUUUAAUAUGUUCUAAAAUUCUGAGAGAAUGCCUAUUAGUUUUUAUUUUCAAAUUUUUCCUGGAAAUCAACUGAGAACUACUGAUAUGAACAUACUAUCUGAUAUUUUCCCCUGUGGCAAACUUACUAGCCUGUUUUAAAGUGAUUUUUCUUAAAGUUAAAUGUUACAAGUAGUGAAUCUAUUUUUUUCAAAAUGGUAUUUACUACAUCUGUACCCAGCUCUGAUUACUUGUUCAUUCUGGAUUUCUUUAAGCCGUAUGUAUGUAUUUUAUGAUAGUUCUGAUAUGCUUUUUAACUGUAAUUUUUAUUUCCUCUGCAUAAUUCAUGAUGCUCUUUUAAUACACACAUGGAAUCAUGGAAAUUCUCCAUGAUUAACUGUUUUGUUGCUAUUGAUUCUUGAAUCCUUCUUUCCUUCUUUCCUUCCUUUCUUUCUCCCUCCCUCCUUCCCUUCUCCCUUCCUUUCCCCUCUCUCCUUCUCUCUCUCUCUCUCUCUUUCUGAGAGAGAGCACAUGAGUGGGAGGGAGGGGCAGAGGGAGAUAAUCUUAAGCAUUCUCCUCACCUGGUGCAGAAUCCGAUGUGGGGCUUAAUUUCAUGACCCUGAGAUCAUGAUCUGAGCCGAAAUCAAGAAUUGGACGGUUAACUGACUGAGCCACCUGGGUGCCCCUGAUUCUUGUAUUAUUUCUUAUACAAUUUCUGAGCCUUGUCACUUAUAAUAAAUUUGAAUCCAUUCCCACUUGUACUGUAACAUAUCUCUUAUUCAGCUCUGCUUUAAGUCUUCCAAUGAUUUUACUUAUUUGCUCUUUUAGUUUAUCCAAACAGUAUAUUUCAAGUCUCAUAGACUGAAUUUUGUGCCCUCUCAAAUUCAUAUAUUGAAGUUGAACUUCACACCUCAGACUGUGACUAUAUUUGAAGAUAGGGUCUUUAAAGAGGUAAAAUGACAGCAUUAGGGUGGACCCUAAACCAAUAUCACUGGUGUUCUCGUAAGAAGAGAGGACUAGGACAUAGACGUGCACAGAGUGGAAACUAUAUGAAGACACAAAGGAAGAUGGACAUCUACAAGGCAAGGAUAGAGGCCCUCAGAAGAAUCAACCCUGCUGAUACCAAUUUGAUUUAUAUUUCUAGCCUCCAGAAUCUUGAAACAAUAAAUUUUUGUUGUUUAAGCUAA